AUGUCGACCAUUGAAUCCACCACACCCUCCGUCUCUGCUGCAGACGUGAAUGUUGCUCCGGCUUCUGGUCAAGCAAAUGGAGCUCUCCCAGCCCCCGCCGCUCCCUCCAUCGACGAAGGAUUCACCCGUUUCCUCAAGGAUUUUAGGAAGUAUGAGUCUGUCUUGGAAGCCAUGAAUAAGGCAACCAAAGACGUCAAGUUCAAGGAUGAGCUGGCCACUAUUGAGAAAUGGUUCACCGUCCUCACUGAGCCUGAGAGGAAUGCCUCGAUUCACUCUCUCCUCCAGCACUCUACUCAAGACCAACUUCGGUUCUUCGUGUCUUUGAUCCAAAGCAUGAUCACACCCGAGGAGCCCAAGGCUGCCCCUGUUAGUGCUCAGGAUAGGCCAAAACUUGGCAAACUCAGCUUCCGUCCUCCUAGCUUGAAUCUUCCCGACAAUCUCGAAUCUCCCGUUACCCCGACCCCUGUUACCGCUAGAGAGUCUGCGGUCGACGAGGAGAGUCACUUCAGUCUCCUUGCCCAGGCUGCUUUGAACCGCUCUGAAGCUACGAAUGACGGGUCCAACACACCUUCCGCUAAGGAUACCAAAGUUGGUGGCUCGACCAACGCGCUGCCUGGUUUCUCCGGUAUCAAUCCCUACACCCUCAACAUGCUCGCCAACGCCGGGCUUUCGAACGAGGCACAGCUUUUGGCCGCCCAACUUGUCAUGAGCGGCCUCGUGCAGCCCACUAACCUUUUGGCCCAAGGUUCGGCCAAGGCGAAGAAGCCUGCACCUGGCAACUGGCGCACUCCCACGAGCGCUCGUUACCCUGCGAGUGCUCUCAGAAGUAGCGGCUUGCGUCCCAGCAGUGGCUUGAAGAGCGCUGGUUUGAAGAGCAGCGGAUUGGUUCCUAACACCCCUCUCAGCGCCAUGGACUCUCCUCGUGAGGAAGAUUUCGAUCCCGAGAUGCUCAAGGAUAUUCCAGGCUGGUUGAGGACCCUCCGUCUCCAUAAGUACACGCAGUGCUUCGACGGAUUGACCUGGGAGCAGAUCGUCGUUCUUGACGACGCUACAUUGGAAGCAAAGGGAGUUGCAGCACUCGGAGCAAGAAGGCGCCUGUUGAGGACCUUCGAACACGUCAGAAAGAGGAUGGGAAUGGAAGAACCCAACAGCGCUACGCCUACGACGAGCGCCAUCCCGGUUCCUGCACCCAAGGCCACCUCCGAAACCGACCGCGCGCCUCAUAGCGCACUGCCGAGGUCGAAAUUGUCGAUCAAUUCGCCCAUCUUCACCCCCACCUGGGAGACCAAACCUCCCCAGAGUGCCUCCCCUUCGGUGACGGUUCCCUCCACCGAGGCUGCGGCUGCGAGCCAGUAA